UCACGAGAUUGAAGGAGUGGUACUACUGUUUGUAAAUGGUGGACUCGCUCUUUCGUGUUUCCUGUGCAAAUCGUGCCGGAACGGGGAGGUCGUGAUAGUUACGAUUUGCAGAUAUGCCGCCAAAACGUGGUAAAGUUCAAAAGGAGGAGGUCCAAGUGUCCCUUGGACCGCAACUUCGUGAAGGAGAGGUGGUUUUUGGUGUGGCUCACAUUUUCGCCAGCUUCAACGACACAUUCGUGCACGUUACCGAUUUAUCGGGCAGAGAAACAAUUGCCAGAGUCACUGGUGGGAUGAAAGUAAAGGCCGAUCGUGACGAAGCUUCUCCCUACGCAGCUAUGCUUGCUGCUCAGGACGUUGCAGAAAAGUGUAAAUCUCUAGGCAUCACAGCACUGCACAUCAAAUUGAGAGCUACCGGAGGUAAUAAGACAAAGACCCCUGGCCCGGGUGCGCAAUCCGCCUUGCGAGCUUUAGCCCGCUCAAGCAUGAAAAUCGGUCGCAUCGAGGAUGUUACUCCGAUCCCGUCUGAUUCUACUCGCAGAAAGGGAGGUCGCCGUGGACGCAGGCUAUAAACUAAUAAUGCGCUGUAUGGUUUAUUAUCUUUCAAUAAAUAUUUAGACAGAUAUUGCAUA